GAAAACCAAAAGAGCCGGAAAAAGACAACACACAACAUUAGAGUGGUAACAAAGAGCAGAAAAACCUAUAAUAAACACAUUUAUACUCUUUUGACUAUGAAUAUUAGAUAUGAUCAUGUUCAUCAUGAAAAAAAUGAAUGGAAGAUGAGCUGAAAGUGUGAGACUCUAAAGAGAGACAGCUCCUGGCAGGUGGAACAUUUAAGAGCAUCAUUUAAUACAGAAUGGACAUGGAGCUGAAGGUUGAGGCUCGACUCAUCCAGAAGUUUAAACCGCAGCUGAUAGAUGCUCUAUCUGGAGACCCUGACUUCCUGCUCCAGCACUGCCAUGCAUCCCAGUUACUAACCCAGAAAGAAUACAGCCACGUCAAAGCGUCUGUAGUGCCGUGGGAUAAAACGCGGGACAUCCUGGACUAUGUGAUGAACAAAGACAGAAAACGUCUUCAGAUCUUCCUGAAACUUUUAAAGAAGAAAGAGAUAAAAGAGGCAUUUCCUAAACUGGCAUUUCUCGACGAGGUGGAAUGGGCCAAAUCACUCACUAUAGGGAACAAGAGGAACCAAAACAAUCAAGAAAAGCAAGCAGCAGACGACGUUCCCAGAAAGCAGAUGUGCAAAUUUGAUAGAGGCAACAGGAUGGUGACAGAGAAGCAGCUCAUGCUGGUGGCCCGCAACAUCGGCAUCACCUGGAAGGAGGUGGGCCGAGUGGCGCUGGAGAUCCCCAGCGUCAGGCUGGAGCAGAUUGUAGAAGAGAACCCACACAGCCACAGAGAGAAGGUGUUCUGCAUGCUGCGUCUCUGGAGCAUGCGAGAGAAGGAGAAGGCCUCGGCCGUUCGCCUGCACUCGCUUCUCACGCAGGAAGACUUCGGCGUGUCACCCGGGAGCAUCGACUUCCUGCUGGAGGAGAGCUCGAGUCCACCUUCCUGAGCUCUGUAAUGAUUUUAAGCUUCUGUACAUAUCAUAUAGUUAAAGAAUUUUAAUACAAGCAAAAACUUCCAAGUAUAAAUAUACACACACACACACACACACACACACAACAAAUAGAACAAAUAUCGAAUGUUUAGGAAUGUUUGAGGAAUCAUGCCACGCUAAGGAUAAAAAAUGACGGCCAUCAAAUUCAAAAUGAACUCAAUUUUUCCUUCAAAUGGUUUUCUCACUUUUUUUAAUUUUAUGUUAUAUUUGUACUUUUGUAAUGUUUCACAAAAAAAUUAAAUAUGAAGACCGUUUUGCUCUCAAUUUUAUGCUCUCAGUUUUUCCCCUUUUUUCCUUUUGGCUUAUGUGCAAGAAUUUUAGCUUCAGUAUCGACAGAGUAAGAAAUUGUGUCCUCGUGUGAACUGAGCAGCUCUAAGUUAGAUUUUCUUUAUUAGUUGAUCUACAAUCAGUUUGCAUAAAAAAGGAAAAGGAGGAACUGCCAUCUUAUGCCAAACUAACCGAGUCUUGAAUUAUACUGUAAAUAAAUAGUGGGGGUGCAUAAAACAAUGAAUAAAAUGUGUUGUUUAUAGAGUAGGCACAAUCAAGGCUAACAAGUCAAACUAGAAUAUGUAAAAAAAAAAAAAGGAAGCAGACAAAAAAAGGAGUCAAAAAGAUCAAAUGCAUAUGUAAGCAGAAUUAAAAAUGCAUCAGAUUCAAAGGUUUUUGAGUUUUUCCUCAUAGAUUUUUUUUUAUUAUUAUUAAAACUUCUUAACU